ACGCGACUUUCGACACAGCUUAUGUCAUACACCGAACGGUCCUGACAGCGCAGCAUGAAGAACAGCUGCGCUACUGCGGUGUUAAACACAGCUGCGUGAUGUUAAUCCGGGCAGUCUUUACUGGAAAUAUUUCAUAGAAGUAGUGUUGCCGUCUGGGUAACGCGUUUCUGUGUCUGAACUUGAUUUGUUUAGUAGCUAAAGAUUGACAGGAAAUUGCGUUGUUUGCAUGGAGGCUGUAGAGGAGAGGCUGCGUCCCAGGAAAGCGGACGAAGGUGGGAACUGCAGUACAUCCAUCCGAUCACACAGGCAGCAGGAAAGGUCAGGAAAGCCUGCGCGUAGACGGAGAGAGAUGAAGAGGUCUCUCCGGAGGCCGGACUGUCCGGAGCAGCUGUCGGGGGGAAGUGAUCAGCAUCGGUUGCCAGAGCAGCACGGGACGGAAGACUCUGUAUUUAUGGAGGAAACGACUGAGAAUUGCACUAGAUGGGAUAGAUGCAGACGAGGACACUUUCUACAUGGACCAUAUCCUGCUACUCACUUUGGACCCAAAGCUUGCAUACUGCCCAAUCCGACCUCAGUCAUGCACAUCCAGGAUCCAGCCAGCCAGCGGCUCACCUGGAGCAAACCUCCACUUAAUGUCCUGGUCAUCAGAAAGAUCAGAGACGAGGGCCUGCUCGAGCCAUUCAAAGAGCUCUGCAGGUUCCUAGUAGAGGAAAAACAUCUGAUGGUUUACGUGGAGAAAAAAGUUGUGGACGAUGCCGUUCUCUUCAAGGACGAGCAGUUUGCAGACAUUCGCAAUCAGCUGUGCACAUUCAGGGAAGGGUUUGAUGACAUCUCGCACUGCAUCGAUCUCAUUAUUUGUUUGGGAGGAGAUGGGACUCUUCUCUAUGCCUCCUCACUUUUCCAGGGCAGCGUUCCUCCGGUGAUGGCGUUCCAUCUGGGAUCCUUGGGGUUCCUCACACCCUUCAAGUUCGAGUCCUUUAGGACCGAGGUGGAUAAGGUGUUCGGAGGCAAUGCCGCCAUCAUCCUGCGCAGUCGUCUGAAGGUGAAAGUGUUGAAAGGCAUGAGGAGUGAACAUGAGGAAAAUGGGAUGGUGCCUCAUAAUCACACAAACAAUGAGGCUGGCAAGAUAUCCCUGCAGUUACAGGUCCUAAAUGAAGUGGUGGUGGAUAGAGGCCCCUCCUCUUACCUGUCUAACGUUGACCUUUAUCUGGAUGGACGACUCAUCACGUCUGUACAGGGAGAUGGUGUAAUAGUUUCCACCCCCACAGGCAGCACGGCUUACGCUGCCGCAGCUGGAGCUUCCAUGAUCCAUCCCAACGUUCCCGCCAUCAUGGUGACCCCCAUCUGUCCCCACUCGCUCUCGUUUAGACCCAUCGUGGUGCCUGCUGGAGUGGAGCUCAUGAUAACUCUUUCUCCUGAUGCUCGCAACACAGCCUGGGUGUCGUUUGACGGUAGAAAGAGGCAGGAAAUCCGGCAUGGAGAUAGCAUUAAGAUCACGACAUCUUGUUAUCCGGUUCCUUCGAUCUGCUGUCAUGAUCUGGUGUACGACUGGUUUGAGAGUCUGGCCGAGUGUCUUCACUGGAACGUCCGCAAGAAGCAAACACGCCUAACAGAUGUCAGCGAUUCAUCAGACACUGAGAACUGAGCUAUUAUAACACACAUGCACGUACACACAGUCUGUUAAAUAUACAUUCCACAUUAACAUUCGGACUCAUGAUUUAGUCCCUUUAGAGCCGUCUUGCACUUCUCACAAUAUUUAUUUAGCAGAGUAGGUCAAACGUGAUAGGCAAAUUAGCACUGCUUUUUUGCGAACAGGAAAAUGUUUCAUGUAAUGUCAUAUAGACAUCCAGGUGAGGCAGGAUUAUUAUAUUUGGUGUCAGUAGGUCAGUUGAACGCUGCUGUUGUUUUAACUUAUAGCUCGGAGCAUGUACUGUAACGCUGUUGUGAGAAAGUGUCGUCUCAGGUUCCUUAAAUGCCAAAGCUAUUUUGAACUGGUUUGAUGAACUGGUGUUGUCAUUAUUGAUGUGUCCAUGUGCAUAGUAAUGUAAAGCUUAAUAAAUAAACGAUCACGCUUAUAAAUCA